GGAGUAUAUUUUUUUAUUGUAGUUUACGUGACUCGAAGAAUGAUUUGUGCGGCCUCGUGUUCUUUGCCGUUUUACAUGUAUUAACUUAAGACUGAAGCUUGGGAAACAAACACUUUUGCAGUAUUAAUCAAGAGAUAGGUUUGGUCCAAGAUGUCGCUGUGGGCAAGGGCUCAGCAGCUACCUCAGGAGAGCUUGCAGAAGGUGCGGGCUAUCUAUGGCGACCAUUUUCCUAUUGAGGUCCGCCACUGUCUGGCGCCGUGGAUCGAGAGCAAGAUAUGGACGGCGGAACCCGAAGAGCAGCAGCGCUUCUUCGUGGAGGAACUGGUGCAGGAGAUCAAGACGACAGCCGAGCUGAUGCUGUCUCCAGACAUGUUCGUCACCAAGAUGAAGCUGUUCGAGGCUGCCAAGGCCUUCCACGCGCAGUACAGCCACGCUCCGCAUGAGCUCUACGCGUACAUCCGGCGUUGCCUGGCCCUAGAGAUGGAGGUUAUCCAGAACGCUACCCAAUAUGUGGCCCAGCCGCACACUGAGAGGAAAUACAGCGAGCUGUUAACAGACCUGCAGACCGUCCGUCAGAAGGUGACGAUGGUGAGCGAGGAAAUACGCUCACUGCAGGCCCACAACGAAUCGUUCUCGCUUCAGUACCACGAGUGUCUCAAGAACAAAGGCCACAUCCAAUACUUGCAGUCUUCUGGGCAGCUGACCAAUGAGCGGCGAGAGUUGGAGGCCUGCCUCCGGAGCCAGAUCGAGGAGAUGGAGAGGAAACUCAACGCUUUGGUGGCUCAGAUCAAGCAGGCUCAGAUGGAGCUGGUGGAUCAUAUAAAGGAGAACAUCGCGACUCUGCGUCAGCUGCAGAGCAUCGUGCUAGACGACGAACUUAUCAGAUGGAAACGCGAGCAGCAGCUGAGCGGCAACGGGCACCCCAUGCAGUCCAACCUGAACUCCAUCCAGGAGUGGUGCGAGAUGCUGGCCGACCUCAUCUGGACCACCCGCCAACAGGUGAACAACGCGACGCGCAUCAACAGCAAGACCAUCAUACAGCUACGUCAACCACACCUCGAAGAGAUGCUUGAGGAUAUGGGCAAACAGGUCACCAGCCUUCUGUCCACUCUCGUGACUUCGACCUUCGUGAUCGAGAAACAGCCGCCGCAAGUUAUGAAGACCAACACACGUUUCACGGCUACUGUCCGGCUGCUUGUCGGAGGUCAACUCAACGUGCACAUGACCCCUCCCAGAGUCACCGUCGUGAUAAUCUCGGAGCAACAAGCUCAGCUGCUGCUGAAGAGCGAAUCCCCAGCCGGUCGAGGCAAGCAGCCUGUGGAGUGCGGGGAGAUCCUCAACAACAGCGGCUGCAUGGAGUACCAGCCCACCAGCCGUCAGCUCAGUGUCAGCUUCCGAAACAUGCAGCUGCGCAAAAUCAAGCGAGCGGAAAAGAAAGGGACAGAGAGCGUCAUGGACGAAAAGCUGACCCUCCUGUUCCAGUCAGAGUUCAACGUCGGCGGUGGCGAGCUCGUGUUCCAGGUGUGGACGCUAUCCCUGCCGGUGGUCGUGAUCGUGCACGGUAACCAGGAGCCCCACGGCUGGGCCACGGUCACGUGGGACAACGCCUUCAGCCCCGCCGGCCGAGUGCCCUUCGCCGUGCCAGACAAGGUGACGUGGGGUCAGCUAGCCGAAACUCUCCGAGUCAAGUUCUACUCCGCGACGGGAGGCGAUCUCUCCGAAGAUAACUUACGAUUCCUCGCGGAAAAGAUAUUCAGCAGAUCGAACGUGCCCCACAACCAAAUAGAGCUGAACAACCUGACCGUAUCCUGGAGCCAGUUCUGCAAGGACGCCCUCCCUGAGCGCAGCUUCACCUUCUGGGAGUGGUUCUACAUGGUGGUCAAGGUCACCAGGGACUAUCUGCGGACCCUGUGGGUCGACCGAUUGAUAAUGGGUUUCAUACAGAAGAAACAAGCGGAAGACAUGCUCUCUAAAUGCGCUCCGGGCACAUUCUUACUCCGCUUCAGCGAUUCCGAACUUGGGGGGAUCACUAUCGCUUGGGCUGGAGAUGGUCGCGAAGUAUUCAGCCUCCAACCAUUCACGUCACGCGAUCUGACACAACGACCUCUAGCCGACCGGCUGUCUGAUCUGACGCAGCUGCAGUACUUGUACCCUAAUGUGGCUAAAGAUGAUGUGUUCUCCAAAUAUUACACGAAACACGAAAACGAGAUGCUGAAGAAUGGCUACGUGAAACCAGUGCUGGUGACCACCCUGCCCCCGUACAUGUCGCCGUCGCCGUACGCGCACUCCCCGGACAGCCAGCGCAACACCCCCAGCGUUCAGAGCAGCUACCUGAGCGCCGCGACGCCCGCGCUGACGGAGAGCUCCUUUAUGGAUAGCGAUCUGUUCGAGCAAAUCCGAGCCUUCGAGCCUGACAGCAUGGACGACUUCAGCUUCUACCAGGGCAACAUGAGCAACAUGUCUAACAUGUCUAACAUGACCAACAUGUCUAACAUGCGGGAGUGAGAUGCCAGAUUGAGAAAAGAAUUUAAAUUGAAGAUUCAGUUUUACGGCGAAAUGUUGCAGUCAAUUUUAGCUUAAAAUUAACCAUUCAUAGUCUAUGUAGAAUCCGUGCCAUAGAGUUCAAACGUAUUUACAAAUUAUUAAUUUUAUUUCAAGCUUUUAUUAUACUUAGAUUAAAUUAUGUAUACGUUAUAUAAAAUACGGAAAAUGUCAUAUGCAAUAGUAGGCCAUUUUAUUUUUAAAUUGUAAUUUGUAUAGUGUUAUGAAAUAGUAAAAAUAAUACUAACACUAUAUAUUUAGUUGGGAUAUUGACCAAUAGGCAGAAUCCCAAAAUAAGGAGUAUUUUUAAUAUUUUAUUCAGAUUAUUUAAACGGCCUAAAGUGCAGACUUUAAAUAAGAUAAUACUUUUGACGUAUAUUACCAUGACUUAAACCUAUCGAGGUAUAAAAAAGUUAUUCUUAAAAAAAGAUUUUGUAGGCCAUGGGUAAAAUUUUUUAGAUAAUUUUGACCAAGUUUUCAUGACAUUUAAUUGCAUUUAGACGGUAAAAUGCACAUGUUAAAUUGAUUGUUACUUUUAUUUUAUAUAAAACCAGUUAUAAGUGCCAUUUUUACCAUUCAUUUUGUAUAAAAUAAUAUAAACUUUAUAUUACUUACCGUUCUUCCCUUCGCACAUAAAUUGUUUAAGAAUACAAUACAAUACAAAAAAAAACAUACACUGAAACCCCAACACAUUCAAAUGACAGUCCAACCACAUAAUUGUUGGAAACAUAGUGUAUACAUAUAAUUAGUGAUGUACCGACUAUUGAUUUGGCCGACUAGCCGACUAGCCGACUAAUCG